AACUGCAAUACAAAAAGCUAGAGAGGCUCACCGUGGCGUGACUGGCGGCUGCAGAUCAUGUGGGCGUGUCCGUGCCGCUCUCUUGUGAUGACACGUGGAUGAUCAAUCAAUGGAUGGUGUGCGUUUAGACGCGCGUGGGUCAACCGCAUCCAAGCUCGAGGGGUAAACAGUCAGCCGGAACUUUGGCGCUAUCCGUGGUGCUGAAUCUCUCUGAUAAGGAAUCUCAUACGGGAGCGAGCUCCAUCUUUUCCCACGAACUGUCUCCACCUGCGCUCACCGAUGAUCGACAGGGGUCCGCAGUUUCAGCCGCCUGUUGGAGUCGAACAUUAGACUGAUGUCAUUAGAUCAUGGAGGAAGGACGGGUGUGAUUCAGGAAUUACUGAAAACUUGGCGCUGCAGAAAUGUUUCUGAAGACAUCGUUUGGUGCUCGAACCAGAUUCGGCCAAUAGCAAAUUUGCAUCUACGGAGGAAUUCAAGAAUAAAUAAUGAAGUUCACUCAUUUAGUUUCCCUGCUAGGAUAAGCCCACUUCUUCUUUUUUCUUUCAUUUUUCGUUUAAAGAAGAAGAUCUAUCUUUCCUCUUAACCAUGGCUCGUCUGAUUGUUCUGGUCAACUCCGUGGUCCUGUUGCUUUUUGGCAGCGUUAUGUUCUUAGUAGGAGCAAAUCGACCUCCAGCUCCCGUCAACGUGUCUGUCAUGCACCUGAGAGCUGACUCUGUAACCGUAUCCUGGGAGGUUCCAGAGGGGGACAUAAUUAUUGGCUUCUCCAUCUCACAGCAGAGGCAGGAUGGACACAUGCAGAGAUUCAUUCGGGAGGUCAACACCACCAGUCGCUCUUGUGUUCUUUGGGACCUGGAGGAAGAGACGGAUUACAUCAUCCAGGUCCAGUCCAUCGGUCUUUAUGGGGAAAGUCAAGCCAGCAAGAAAAUCCAUUUUCGCACCCUCAAGAAGACGGACCGUUUCCCCUCCAACAGUUCUAACCAAGAUGACCCCACUGUGCAGGGCCUGGACAAGUCUCGACAUCUCCAGACCGGAGAGAUGAUCAUCAUUGUGGUGGUCCUGCUCAUGUGGGCAGCGGUUAUUGCCCUGUUCUGUCGGCAGUAUGAUAUCAUAAAGGAUAAUGACUCCAGCAACAAUAAAGAGAAAGUCAAACCUUCUUCAGAGAGGAGCACGCCGGAGCAUCACAGCGGAGGUCUGCUGAGGAGCAAGUUUCAUCCAUCUGUGCCAUCAAUCAACAUCAUUGAGGUUUGAGGAGAGGAGGCUUAAAUGGGAACUUCUCCGUGUUUGACCACUGAUAUGUCUCACAACUUUGAUUAUUAAAGGAAGAAAAGUGGAGUCAUUGUGAGAAAAACUUUUCAAUUCCUUAUUAUCAAGCCUACACAGCGACAUAAUCCCACAUACUCCACUCUUUCAUUCCAGCUGGUUAAAUUGUGAUAAAUAAUAAUAGAAGAAAAAAUUUACAGUGACACCCCCACCCCCUGAGAAUAAACUCCAAACCAGAACACAGCUCCAAAAUACCAAAAAUCCAAUUAUUAAGUGCUUGACAAACUACUAAUCUCGCGUCAUAACUGAUGUUAACCCAUGGUACACUUCAACACUGAUGUCUUUGCUAGGUGCUUUGUGUAUUAUCGCAAUAUGACACACAAUAUAACUUUUCAUCUCUGGGAGGCCUGUUGUGACUUUAAAAAAUGCUGUGUAUUUUUAUAUAAUGGCAUGUGCUGUUAGAUUAAAGAGGAGUAGUGUUUAUUUACUGCCUGUUCAGAACUGUAUUAUUGUCUUAUUGACUACCGAGAGAUGUUUGUUAAUAAGGAGAGUGACUCAUGUGUCUGAAAAACAUCUGUAAAAACUUUAUUUACCAUGGUUUUUCCAGGUCAAUUUCCUGUAGAGCUGUUUCUUAAACAAAGCUGCAUGCAGGUUCUUGCGUGUAGGAUAGUAUUUGUUGUUCAUUGUACAUUUAUCCCAGCGCUGGAUAAAUAAAAUAACAGUACAGUAAAAUGAAGUAAAUUUAUUUCAUCUUCUUUUUGUUCUCUCUGUUAUCAGUUUCUGAGUAAAUACAUUUACUAUACAGUCAGAUUACUUUUAAAGGAUCCAUUACUGUUUCUAAGUUUUUUAGAUUUUACCCGUGAAAUGUUCACCACAGUGAUAAAAAAAAACAAGGCAAAAGGUGUCAUUAUGUUAGAAUCCAUUCACCAAACUCUUUCAGUUAGGGUGAUACCAAACAAGCAAGAAAUGUAAUCAUUAAAUGGACACAAUAAGAAAUUGGUCCUUUGCUUGUUUAAGCAUAAUCCACACUGUACUUAAUGGCAGAGAAUUUAAAACAAAAUUAGACUUUGUUAGAAUUCCCUUUUACAAUGCACUCUAGGGAAUACAUAAGAGACAUCACACAUUUUUAACAGCUGCUGAUAUGGGGUCAAUAUAUUUGUGUACUCUUUAAAGUCACUAUUUUCUUUUGCGUAUUCACGCAUCACUGAAAUACACCAGAAUUUAUUAUCUUUUGACAAAUUUUCAAAAAUGUUCCCAGUGGUCUUUUAAUCAUGAUUAUGCUGUUUUUAGGCAAAAUAAAAAAACAAAACAAAAAUUGUGUUGUUUUUUAGAACAUAGUUGCUGCAGAACAAAAGUAGUUUAUUAGAAAUUUACCUCUGAGUUGUGGGAGGAACUUUUGCCACAGAAGCCUCAGCUUCUGUGUAAGCCUCAGCUGAUAUCCCAUCAUCCCUUUGUUUAUUCUCUCUACAAACUCUCAGAAUAACCCCUAAUGUAACGUUCUUGCUGUAAAACAAAUGGUGAGAAACCUUGAGCUUUCCAGCUACAGUUUUGAGCCAGACCCCAGCUCAGACGAGACAAAAAGAUGUUAACAUAUCUGUUUUUCUGCAAGUGGAUGCAUCAGAAUGGAGCAGAGCAGGGAGACUUUGGCCCACCCAUUGUAGUUUUAGCGUCACAAGUUCUUUCAAACGACAUUUUUUCAUCUGCUUCUGAUUCAUCAUGAUUUAUAAAUAAAGAAAUACUCAGAAAUGC